AGCCUCGUCGGUCCGUCUUUCGAAAAUUGUAUCAAAAGCUCCCUACGACCACCAUCUUCACAUUUUACACAAAAUGCCUCCUGCUCCCGAGCGGGUCGAGACCGAAGAUGUUUCGCCCCCGAUUUCUCCGCAGAGCUCGAUUUCCCGCGAAAUCUCGGGCAGUUUCGGGAUUUCGCCCCGUGCGGCUAACGUGUUUCGCCGAAGGGCGACUUUUAUGCAUGGCAAAUAUGUCUGGGUCUGAAAGGAUGUAACUUGUGAUGCUGCAUUUGGAUACUGCAAAAAUCUGUACUGCAUGAACAGCAAAAGAUGCUCAGUUUUUGCCACGGCGAAAGGGCAUUUCUCAUGCGUUAUAGGCAUCAGGAAGGCCUCACAAAAUCUGUGAUGCUAGAGCAUGCAUCACAGAAGUCAGGAGUCCUGCAAAAUGUGCAUGACAAAGCUUGCAUCCUUCCAGACCCAGACAUAUUUGCAUUCGAUAACUUUGAUCCACGAGACCCGGGCGCAGAAAUCUUGGGUCGAUUGGUGCCGGUACAAGGGGCGGGAAAAGAUUGAGCGGUUUUUGGAAAGCGACCGCUACAUGCAGACCUUCAUGCUGGCCUGCGUGUUUCUUUCCACCGUGACAUUCUGCUGGGAAACGAUGGAGGACUACCAGGAGCGGUACAAGCUGUACUGGAAGUCGAUGGAAUUGUAUGAAAUGCAAAUACUUAUUUCUGGGCCUGGAAGAUUGCCACGCUCGUCAUGCAUAUUGUGCAUGACUCAUGAUGCCUGUAAUGCAUAACCUGGCAUCACAGAUUUUGAGAGGGCUUUCUGAUGCGUAUUCCGCAUAAGGAAUGCCCUGUCCGCGUAGCACAAAGUGGACUUCUUUUGCUGUUUAUGCAAUACACAUUUUUUUGGAAUCCGAAGGCAGCAUCACAAGUUGCAAUUUUCCAGACACCGACAACACAUUUGCAUUUCAUAAAUUGGUUUUCGUCACGAUUUUCACGAUCGAAUACCUCGCGCGGUUGACCGUCACCAGUAAACCCUACAGGGAAUUCCUCCUCACCCCGCUGAACAUUUUAGACGUCGUUUCCGUCGUGCCAACCUGGGUGUCAUUGCUGGCCGAAGACGGGUAUGGAUUGCAAAAAUGUCUGGGUCUGGAAUAUUGCAACUUGUCAUGCUGUCUUUGGAUUCCCAAAAAAUCUGUAUUGCGUGACCAGCAACAGGAGCCCAGUUUGUGUUACGCGGAGAGGGCAUUUCUCAUGCGGAAUAGGCAUCAGGAAGCCCUCUAAAAAUCUGUGAUGCUAGAUCAUGCAUUACAUGCAUCAUGGACGACACAAAAUAUGCAACACAAAUCUCAGAAUCUUCCAGACCCAGACAUUUUUGCAUUUGAUAACGGCUACUGGAUCCACGACCAGCGCAUCUUCCGGAUUAUGACCUGCUCAAACGUUACAAUCUCAAACGCUACAAUAGAGUCUGGGUUUUGUAUUGCAUGAUGAGCAUGACAGACUCGGACAGCAUUCCACUUUCUGCAAUACAAAUUUCGCCAGAUUGUAGGGGGGAUUGGGGCUCCAGAACUUGUCAUGCGCAAUCCUAUGAGAGUUGGCUAGAUAAUGCACUUCCUGCAACACAAAUUCCAGACUUUACUGCAACGUUUGAGAUUGUAAUGCCUGAGCGGGGUAUACGGAUUUUCCGGCUCUUCUGGGUGUUCAAGUUCGGAAGACAUUCCACCGAAAUGAACUACAUUGUCACGGGCAUGAUCGUAUCAAAUACCACUAUGUCUGGGUCUGGAAGAGUGCAGACAUUUGUGAUGCAAUUUUUGCGUGACGCAAAUCGUUGGGCAUGCAAGCCCUAGCAUCACAGGUUUAUUCGAGCAGGUAUUCCAAUUCCUAAUCCGCAUGACAAAUCCCUCCUCCUGUGACAAGAAGUGGAGCCUUUUGUUGGCCAUGCAUGACAGAUUCUGGCAUGAUGUAAAAUUGGCAUCACAAAUUCCAUUUUUUCCAGACCCAGACAUAUUAAUUUGCAGUGGAUAGAUCGAGAGCAGGACGUCCUUCUUGCUGUUGUCCACGUUUCUGGUCUUGGCACUGGUACGUUGUUGAUCGACAAGUUUGAAAGUUUUUUGUCAUGCUUGUCGUGCUUGACUUGCAUCUUUUAUCAUGCGGAAUUGAUAUUAUCACGCGCACUAUCCACUUCUACCAAGGUUUUCUUCUCCUAUCUCAUGUUUUCCGUCGAACGAGGCGAGUGGGACGAAGCCCGAGGCUGUUUUGCCCGCGCGGACGAGCCCCACUACAGCGGUUGCAGUCCCUAUGCGGACGUGCCAACCGCGAUCUACUGGGCAAUAACGACGGUGACGACGGUCGGGUACGGGGAUACCUACCCGAUCACCGCUUGGGGCAAGCUGGUAACGGGCGCUUGCAUGGUGUGCGGGAUUUUCUGUGUCGCCUGUCCAACAACCGUGCUCGGAGUGGAGUUUGGAAGUAUUUGUGUUGCGCUGUGUGCAAUAAAACGGUGUUUUGUCAUGCGAAUUAACGCAAGAACGACGAAAAUUUUGAUUUCAUUGACAACAGAAUUAGCAUCAAAUGAUGAAAUUUUCACCUCCCAGACCUCUUCAACCUGACGAAGCUGGAAGCCCGGCGCAAGGUUGCGAGAGGGGAGAUGGUGAACAUGACAAAAGAGGAGCUGGAGCUGAUCGGUCUGUUGAAGAAGCUCGGGAAGGCGCGGGGCAGCAUGGAGAAGAAGGUGAUGUUGAUUCGGCAAAUUUUGCAAAAGGAUGUCUCGACGAGUCAGACGACGUCUUCGCGUAGGAAGGGGAGUUCUGAAAUCGACAACCACGCCGCGAAAUUACUAAGCAGUGACUCCGCGGAAGUGAUGGACCAAUACGAAGAUUUUUUGUGUCGGACUGUGGAGAAUGGGAGGAUAGAGUCGGCGCUGAGAGUGGCGCUGGAUAAGGAUUGAGGUUGGUAGCGGUGGGGUGUUAUCAGUGAAAUCCAGGAAAUAUGCGACGCCCGUCUUUUUAUCGUUUUCUUUUCCUCUUGUUUCACCACAAGAACGAUCGAGUUUAUAUCAACUCGAAGGAUUUUGGGAUCGCGAGGAGACUAAGGAAGUAUUUUCUCAUAUCGAUGACUGGGUCGUAUGGGCUCCAGGUCCCACUGAUAAGCGUUUUCAAAAGCGUUCAGCACACAGUAGCAC